GCAUGCGUGCGUUUUAAAGAAUUGGCUGUUACAUUUUCUGAAUUGCGUACGUUUUGUUCGUUUGCUUGUACAUUUUGAAAGUUUUUUUAAUUUUUUAAAUUGUCAAUUAUUUUUAUAAAUUAAUCGGUGGGUGAUCUGGGUAUUUAUUCAAAUUCCUGUAUCCUGACGCCAUGGAGGACAGGAAAAUCGAACGCAUGUUUCGAUCAUUUCAUUUGGUUGGACAGGAUUCCGAAGAAUCGGUGGCCACUGAGUACGAGGACUCAUUUGCACAUCACGUCGCAGACAGCCAGCUGUUCGAGAAGUCGAGUGCCUCAGGAUCAACGCAGCACGGCAGCCGUAGUAUUGAUUACCGUAUCAAGUAUCCGGCUCUUUACAGUCUUGAAAAAGUCUGCAAUUCGUUUCAUGUGGAAGACGAAUCGAACGUCGAGGUUGAUACUGGUUUCUCUCUUGCCCCUCGGAGAUUGAAUACCAGUUCCCAAAAGUCUUCGGAGUAUUCCUUUUAUAGCACACAGUCUGUGCCUCAGUCUAGUGUAUCAAGUAUAUCAACAGCGCCAGCUUCCGAUGACUACGACGCCGAGGAAUCUUCAUCGUCACCAUCAUUUGAAAUGGUUGAGAAUUUUUUAAACAAGACAAUCAAUGAAUCGGCAGCAACGGCGUCCUCGUACGCUGAUGCCACCGGGUGUCAAAAUAAUCCGCAUGACACUUGGCAGAGUCACCAGGAUUCUUUCCAAUCUACUGCAAGUACUUCCUACCUGGAGAUAAAAACUGUCUUGCAUAAACUGAGCAAAAUUCCUAAUAAAAAAAAGGACUGUGAGACUGCUGAGUCAACUCAGUGUUUCAGUCGUCUUUCUAAGUCAUUAGAGAAUGCGACCAAUGAUUUCAAGCAGCAAUUGAUGACAAUUCUGGAGGAAACUCAGCUGGGUGAUGACAAUUCGAUCGGUGUCUUUAAAGAGAUGAUAAUGAAAAUAAUCGGCAAGACUCGCGGCAUCCAGGACGAGUCGGUGAUAUCUUUUGUAAAUGACCACGAACUAUCCAAAGUAUCUUUUGAACAAUCUCCUACACCUACAGCUGAAGUUGACGUCAAAGCAGCGUCUUCAAUGGCAACUCCUGUCAAUACUUCUGUCGCAAAGAGUAAAAAAAUUUACCGCAAAACACCAGUUGACCUGGUUAAGGGUUCGCCGUUUGUUAGCACGCCGCUGCGAAUCGCUGCGUUGACUCGCGGUAUGGAUACACCGAAAUCAAAUAUACUGUCUCCAUCUAGUACUCCAGGAUCACUGAGAACUCCCGGGUCAGGGAGAGACUUGAAUGAGUCCUCUUUUACUUAUCUCGAGAGACAGUGCUUGGGAGACAAAAUUCCUAUAACGCCUAAACCGAUGCCAGAGUUAACUGAAGAGCAGAAAAAAUUGCUGGCUGAAUGUCAUAUGAAAGAGCUUGAACUGGCGUCCGAGUCUCCUUACUCGUCGAAGAGUCAAAAUAAUUGCAAGAGCACAGACUUUGAUGACAGCAAUCAUAAAAGUAAUGAACUGUCGCCGAUUCAUUCUGAAGCUCGAGGUGGAGUCUCGGAUAAUUUAUGCGACUCGCUGGAUGACUUGGAUAUCGAGAAGGAAAUGGCGGAACGGGACAAGCGGAUCGCCGAGACUGAGAAGACGAUCAAAGGAAUCGUUAAUAAGAAAAUUAUCGGGUCUUAUUCUGAUGAAUUUUUGAAUAUCGUAAAUACUUAUUUUGAUAAGUCUGGCAGCAGGGCCAAAAGUGGUGAAGGUUUACAUGACUCUGGAGUCGAGACGGUUUCGUCGGCUCGUCACAGCAGGAAAGAUAAAUUUUCUGGCAGUGACAGCUCGCUGGAGUCCAGAUUAGAUAACGUCACGCUGAGAAAAUUGUCGCCUAGUUCAAUCAACAUCAAACACUCAGGAAGAAAAAGAUCACCGGUCAUCCAGGUGUCGAAAACAAAAUCAGCAACGCCGACAAUGUUUAUAGUUAGAAAUAAAUCUCCACUACCAGGUACUAAGUCACGGGUCCCAGUUACUCCUAAGUCAACUCCUCGGACUCCGCGAAGAAUUCCAACGCCAGCAUCAUUAACUCCGCGGGUAGUUUCUGCUAAAAGAAACAUAGCAAGUAAAUUUACCCCUGGGAAAUCAGUGUCUUCCUCCAAAUUGUCUUCCGCUUUGUCAGUAGUUGCUGAUAAGUCCAGAAAACCAGCGGUUGCUUCAAAAGAAUUCAAAGUUCCGGUUGCGCCGCCGAUGAUCCUGGUGACUCCAAGCACGCCAAUCGGCAAAGUCGUACGUCAAGACAAUUUAUUUUCACCCAUGAAAAGUCCCGCCAGUGCCGGCAAAAUCGGUUCGUACACUGGGGGAAAGUAUUUCAAUACUCCGGGAAAAGCUCCUGUCGCAAAGAAAAAAACUGUCUUCUUCCCGUCUCCUGCGAAAGUAAAUGAAAUGCCAAAAAAUAAUGAGAUUAAAAAACUUAUUGAAAAAAUAUGCCCGAGCACUGCUAAAGUUAGGAGCCCAGUUGCUGAUUACAUUCGCGGAGGCAGAGAUGUUACGACCAUUAAAACAAUUCCGAAAACUCAGAACGAGUAUCUUCUCUCCAAGGAAGAAAUUUUGAAUUACAAGCCUAAUGUCAAAGUCAACGAUGAAAAUUAUUCCCCGAAUUCAGGUUUUCAUUAUCCUCCUGCUGUCUACCGACCGGAUAGGCCAGUGCGAGAGAUUGAUGCCAGCCCGAUAACGCCGCAGGGUUCGCGGGUAAAGAAGCUAGUCGAGAAAAAAGACAGCCGCAAAGUUAUAAAGCAUCAAAUUCAUCAGCCGGAUAUGUCGAUACAUAUCAAAACAGUAGCAGAAAAAAAAACCGCUGUAACUCCCCGCGCUUAUAAAAAAUGUUAGAUGAUAAGACAGUUUUAUUUAAUGUAUAAAUUUAUUAUUUAUUUAUUUUAUAAGUUUAUUUCGAAAUUUCUCUGAUUUAUCUAUUGCUAAAUAAUUAUAACUUGAGUUUAAGGAAAAAAUAUUAACGGGUUGACUCAAAUAAUUAAAUAAUUAAUUGAGUUAAGGGUAGAAAAAAAUUAAUUAGAGUUGUCAUCAAUUAGAAGUUGAAGGAAAUUUUUUAAAUAAAUUUGUCUAGAAAAUUUGAAAAUUUGAAUUAUAAAAUUUAUAUAAUAUUCAAAUUAGCAGACAAUUCAUUAUUUUUUAAUUUUUACUUCAACUAAUUAAUUAUAAAAAAAAAAAGAAAAUAAAAAUAUGCACGUGUAGAAAAUUAAAAAAACUCUCAGUGCAAUUUUUUCAAAUUAUUUUUUUUUGGAAAUUUAUCAUUUUAAAAAAAACCCAAAAAUGAACGGGCGUCAAAUUUCGUUUUACUCCUAAUUGACAUCAACUUUUUCAAAAAAAUUUACAAAACUUAUACAGCUAUGGCAAUUGAAGGUCUUUUGAGAUUUUGAAAAAGUGGCGGGAUUUUGAAAAUUAUCUUAAUAACAAAAAUUAUAAAUCAAUUACGAGAAUAUUUAAUCGAUAUAUUUUUCUCAUACAAUAAUAUCUUUUUAACAAGUCAAUUAAAUUUAAAUACAUAAAUAUAUAUAACAAAUUUAAUAUUUGUAAGAAAUUUAUUUAUUAACGUCAACAUAAAUGUAUAUAUUUUAUUAAAACAACAUAUAUAUUAUUCAAUAUUAAUUAUAAAAAAUACUCACAAAUAUAUUUAAAGUAAAAUGAUAUUUUUUUAAACUUGUGGUAAUUAGCGCGUUAAGUACAAGAUAAAAGAAAUAUAUAAAUUUUUUACAGUAAAAUAUGAAUUAAAAACUCGGCGGUUUCUAUUCUAUUGAAUGUACCAUAAAAUAGAUAAAAUAAAAAAUAAAUAAGCCGAAUGUUCUAGAGCCUUGACUUGUUUGUUUUUACAAUCUCAGAUGAUUCAUUAUUAUAUGAUGUAUAUCUAUAUAUGUAUCUAUAUCUAUAUAUAUGUAGUGAUAAUAUGUUUACCGAACGGCAGUUUCUCGAAUUGUUGCACACGGUUCCUUGUAGUGUUUUUUCCGUAUUCGAUUUACUCCAAUAACGCGGUGGGAAAUACUGAUAAAGUACACGGCCAAUAGGGAACCAGAAAGUGGUGGGUUUGUUGCACAUGGCACCCAGUUACCCGGGUCCGUUGCACACGUCCUGAACUACGUGAGACAGUAAGAUCUCGUAGAGGCGAAUGAUGAUGUGUAAGUCGUACUGAGGAUAGUGGGGGGCAAUCAAUAAAAUCGAACCGCGCGACGUAAAACGACACACUCUUCUGUGAUUACUCAGUGAACUUACACUUGUAUUCUUUGAACGUUAAUUUUCGUACCGGCAAAUACUUAUCAAGAUGCCAGACCCAUGUGGAGACAAAUGCAAAGAUAAAUGCGGAGGAUCAUGCAAAUGCGGUAGCGAUUGCAAAUGUUGCGAGAGCGGAGACAAAUGCGACUGCAAAUCUGGCGGUUCGUGCAAGUGCAACCCCUGCGCAUGCAAGUAAACCGACCAAUUGAACUCCCAUCGACAUCACUAUGAUUCCUGUUGCUAUUAAAAAUUUAAAAAUUUUAUUUAUUAUAUUGCACCAGUUGAUUUGCUUCGACAAUAAUUUGAUUUAAUGAAAGCUAAAUUCAUUUCAAUGCUUAUUAUAUUUAUUUGAACUAUAUUCUGUUUGUCAGCACAUUACAUAUUAUGUAACAAAAGUUACGAGUAUUAAAUAAAAAUAAAUUAUUGGAAAUAUAA